AUGGUAGGAGCAAUGAUGGCUGGAGCAAUCCCGGUCAGUAUAACGUUUACGUACACAGAUGGAAACGACCUUAUCGCAAUGAUGGAAAAGCUGGAGAAAUGUUCGCUGCUAGUUCUAGACCCUGGAUUAGAAAGCAGUAACUGGAAUAUUCUUCGGAGGCUCCUUGACGAAUAUAAAGCUGACGGUAAAAUUCGAAGUAAGAUCAUGCCUUACUUAAGACAUUUGUUAGGUGUUGCUUUCGAAAGAGAGCCCGAUGCUCAGAAUGUAAAGGACUUCAGAGACCUUCUAGACGAAUACCAUCCUGACAUAGAACUUCCCUACAUAGACCCUAACGAAAUUUACGGACUAUUUCAAACGUCAGGAAGUACAGGGGUACCAAAGCUCGUAGCGCACGUGUAUCUUAGCACAAUGAAAUUAUCACAUGCAUUCGGCAUGAUAGAGAACAAGUCCAUCAUUUUCAACGACCGACCUUUUAACUGGGGCGGAGGAUAUCCAUUUUCCGUUCUAACCGGUCAAACAAGGGUGACAUUGUCCGAGUUUUGUGAUCCGCCAAAAGAUAGGAUUUCAUUUAUGAUUGAAGUUAUAGAAAAAGAAAGAUGUUCCAUGGUAUUUGCUCUACCACCUUUGAUGCACGAGCUAAUAAAAAGAAAGCCACAUCUACAGAAUUUAGGACAGAUGGCGAAAAGUCCAGCUUUCGUUGUUGCAGGGGGACCCAAGGUGCCUCUCAAGGCACUGCUGCAUGCAUGUACGGGCGUCUCGGAAGAACCACCGACUUUCCGUAAGCCAGCUGGACCCAAUUGA